GCUCGAGCCGCGGGCGUGGGGCGGGGGGGGGGCGGGGCUGGCGGCCGCGGCGCGCCGCGAGGUCUCCCUGCCAUUGCAGGGAUGGCGUCGACCGGGGACAGCUGGUUCCGGUCCUCUGGCAAGGCCGGCAGGAGCGCUGCCCUCUACGGCGCGGUGCGGCCUUGCGGGAUGACAAACCCGCCGCAGAACCCGAGGGUGCGUGAGGCGUUGCUGCAGGACCUGGAGGACUACGGCAUCGCGACCGAGACGGAGUCAUGGGCCCGCUCGACGUGGCCGCCUCCGCACCCGAUCAGGGCGGCCCCCGCCCCGAGCCAGUGGCUGGAGGGCUCCAGGUCGGUGCCGUCCAUGCCCGGGUCUCCGAGCAGCUCCGCGGCGAAGACGCGGCAGCUGCCCGGAGAGAUGACCAUGGAGGCCGCGAAUGUGACAAUGAAGCGGCCCGCAUACAGGUUCGGCGGCCACGGCGGCGACGCCGCCAAGGAGCUGACCGUGCGAGGCGCUGACCGAACCCUCCGUGUGCUCAGCUCCUCGUACGAGGAGCUGACCACGGGCCCCGACGCGGACCUGCUGUGCCAGACGCACGGCCUGCCCACGCCGCUAUGGCGGUCCGUUCCCUUCUCCCUGGAGGACAAGAGCACCAACUUGACCCGCAGCCGCCGCACCCAGCAGCUCAGGGCGGACAAGAAGGGUAACCGCAGCCACUCGCGCCUGCAGCAGUGGUCGCACGCUAAGGAGCGCCCCGUGGCCAGAUACCUCACGGACUACGAGUUCCGCAACGCCGUGGAGG